AAAAAUAAUUUUUGACAACAUAAACUGAUUAUAUAAAAUAUUGUUUUUUCAAAAACCAAACAAUUAUAUAUUUGACUAUUUUAAGGUAUUUUAAAACCAAAUAUAUAUAUUAAAAUGCAUGGCUAAUAAACAAUAAAAAUAAUAUUUUUACGAUGAAUAUUAGUUUGCCUAAAUGAUUAUAAUUUUCAAUAAAAAAAUAAUCAUAUAAUAUCAUAUUUGCUUUUAUUUUAUUUUAAUAAUUACUAAAACAAUUCAAACAAUGUUGGAAUGAAAAUUAAACUUAUUAAUUUUGCUUGAUCUAAACUGAAUAUAAAAAAAACUUAUGAAUUUUUGGUAUAACUAUCUUAUGAAUCAAUAAUCAGUACUAAUAAGGUUAUUCUUAUUUUAGUCUAAUUGUAAUAAAAUAUUUUGAUUCAUUUAAAAUAAAAAGAAUCCAAUAUACCAAAAUAUGAAUAAUCAAAUCAACCAAUUGUUAUGAUUUAAUUAUUUUAUAUAUCCGAUGACAAAAAAAAAUUAAUUUUAUAUAUCCAUAAAUGUGCAUGAAUUUUUAGAAUAUUACAAGUUAUGUUUAUUAAUGGAAUCUUGAUUCAAUAUAUUUUUUCCUAUUUUUUCUGAAACAACAUAUAUCAAAUAUAUGAAUUUUACAAAAUAUAUAUGCAAAUAAAAGUUUAUAUCCUUGCAUGAGCACGAGAAUAUCACAUAGUAGUAAAAGAUUUAGGGAUCCAAUUCACAAAACUCUAGAAUUACACAGUAAACUUUUGUUUUAGAAUUAAACUAAACAAUAGAAAUUAUAAUGAAGAAAUGACAGUAAAAGAAAGAUGUUUGUAAAUUUCAAAGACGAGAAGCGCUAGAUUUAGAAAAAUUCACAGGUAAGUCAAAAUCACAGACAAGAAAGAUUAUUAGAGAUUUAAUUAAGAAUCGUUAUAGAAGUCAAAGCACAAAAUUAUAAUCAUUCAUUUUUCUCUACAAAGAUUACAUAUAUCUAACUUCUAGAAUUUCAAAUCUCUCAAAUUCUAAUAAUUCAGACAAGCAUUAAGAACAUUUAUUAUUAGUUCACUAAAUUCCUAAACUAUUAAUUUUUGUAAUAUUUCUAAGAUUUUUAAAAAUAUUUUUUAAUUUUACCGAUUUGGAUCCAAAUUUGAAUAUUUGUGGAUAUUACAAUAUAUAGACGGAUAUCCGAAAAACAAAAAUCCAAAAAUUACGGAUACAAAUACUAAAAUCAUGAAUUUGACGGAUCUAGAUCCAAAUAUCCUAAAAUUUCUAGAUAUCCGGAUCCCUCCAACCUCAACCAAUCAAACUCUCUCUCUCUCUCUCUCUCUCUCUCUCUCUCUCUCCUCUCUCUCUCUCUCUCUCUCUCUCUCUCUCUCUCUCUCUCUCUCUCUCUCUCAUCAAACACAUGGUGAAUGAAUGGCAUUUUUCAUUCUAUUUAACCCAGUUUGAAUUGUAAUAUAAUUUCAUAUAUAUUUCAUUUUUAUUUUUCUGUUGGAUACAAUUAUAUAUAUAUAUAUAUAUAUAUAUAUAUAUCUAGGGAUACACAGAUCUGGUCAGAAAAACAAAGUGAUACAUUAUUAUUUUCUUAUCAACGCAUGGUGAAUGAAGAGCAUAACUGCAUAAACUAUUUUUAUUUAUGGUUAUUUCUUAAUUUCAUAUGCUUUCUUAUGUUAAUUGAUCUUAAAUUAUUUAAGUUUUAUGUCUCGUAAACUAAUAUUAAUUUAUGAUAUAAUAAUAAAUCUAUGUAAAAGUACUUAUUAUUCUAUCAAAUUAUAUUGUAUUUUGAAUUAUUAAAAGGGAAACCAAAUUCCAACAGAUCUUAAAAAGUUAUUUUGAUCAGAAGCAUACAUUAAGUAAAAUGACCAAAAACAUUUUAUUAAAGAGAUAAAUGACAAUUAUAUCUUCAAACACAUGGUGAAUAAAGGGCAUUUUUCAUUCUAUUUAUCCCAGUUUGAAUUGUAAUAUAAUUUCAUCUAUAUUUCAUUUUUAUUUUGCUGUAGGAUACAAUUAUAUAUAUAUAUCUAGGGAGGCAAAUACACAGAUCUGGUCAGAAAAAAAAAGUGACACAUUAUUAUUUUCUUAUCAACGCAUGGUGAAUGACGAGCAUAACUGCAUAAACUAUUUUUAUUUAUGGUUAUUUCUUAAUUUCAUAUGCUUUCUUAUGUUAAUUGAUCUUAAAUUAUUUAAGUUUUAUGUCUCGUAAACUAAUAUUAAUUUACGAUAUAAUAAUAAAUUUAUGUAAAAGUACUUAUUAUUCUAUCAAAUUAUAUUGUAUUUUCAAUUAUUAAAAGGGAAAACAAAUUCCAACAGAUCUUAAAAAGUUAUUUUGAUCAAAAGCAUACAUUAAUUAAAAUGACCAAAAACAUUUUAUUAACGAGAUAAAUGAUAAUUUUAUCUUCAUUUUAUAGCUAUAAAAAUAUAAAUAAAUAUAUAAAUUAAAAAAAAAAACUUAAUAAAAAUUGAAAAUCACUUCUUUGAAAAUGUUUUAAAAUAUUAUUUUAAAUCUUAAUUAUUGUAUUUUUAAAUCCUAACUCUACUUCCAACCCAAAACACCAUGCACUCCUUUCAAAAUUCCACCACCUCAAAUCAAAACUCUUAAUCCAGAUUAGUUAAUCUAGAAAUAUAAAUAGGUUUUUCCUUUUUAAUAAAGCAUAUUUUAAUCAUUGUAAUUAGGUUUGGGCAAAAAACCAAAUCGAAAAAUCUGAACCAAAUCCGACCCGGUAAAAAUGAAUCUGAACGAAUCCAACCAGACAUGAAUACCGAAUGGAUCUUGUUUUACGGUACUUCAAAUUAUGAUUACCCGAACCGAAACCAAAUGGAUAUUUUCGAAAAACCUAGAAUUCAAAAUCCAAAAAAAACUUUUACCAAACAUGAUCUCAAUCUUUAAUAUGUAUAAAAAACAUUAAGCUAUUAUUGAGUAUAUAAACUAAUUAUCUAUUAUAUGAAUGAUUAACUCAAAUAUCUAAUAUUCAUAUAUAUUAUUUGGUUAAUAUUAAUAUUUUUAUGUUUUGACAAUUGAUUUUGAAGUUCAGUUAUGAAUAUAUUUGCUUUUGAAGUUUAAAUAAUUUUUUUGUUUUUUAAAAAAUAUUUAAAUAGUUUUUUUUCUUAUGUUUAUAGAGUUUCUAGCUGUUAACCCUAAUUUAUUUACGCUUCAUUAUGUAUGAUUCUUGUUCGUAGAAGGUUUUGGUUUUUCAUGAAUCAUGAUUAUUGUGGUGUUAUCACGUAUAGUUCAGUGACGAGUCUCGUAUUGUUGAUAGGAGAGUCUUCCAAAAUUAGUUUGAAGGACAACAAUAUGGUUUGACAAAGCCAAGUAUACAAAUUUAUUGAUAAGAUGGGAAUAUAUUGAAUUUAGUCAAAUGUAAAUUAAUAUUUUUAGAUGAUAACCGGACUACUAUCCAAAACCAAAACUAUUUCGGAUUCAAUCGGACCUUGGAAAUGUAAUUUAACAUAAACCAAACCAGACUAAAUCUGUAUCGCAUCCAACCCAAACUUUUAUGACAUUCGACUAGGACGAAAUUAAUGAAUUCAAAAAUUCAAAAUCAGAAUGAACCUUUCCCGAAACCUUCCCUACUCUUAAUUUUAAUUCUAGAUUUGUGGUAAAAGCAUUUUUAGGGUAUCUUAAGGUAUUUAUCUUAAUAAACUCAAAAGCAAUUUUAUUACUUAGCAUAUUUAUUCGUUUUAUUAUAAAGUUAGCACAUAAUUCGUUUUGGUAUUUUUGUACCUUUUUUCGGAAUGAUGCAAUUAGACGUGUAUUCUCAUAUGAUGGUAGAAUUGUCAGAUGUAGAAUUGUCUAUGUAAUAUAUCUCAUUGUUGUAAUAGCAUAAUUAAUCAGACGCUAAAAAUUAAAACUAAUGUAUAAUACUCAAAUAUAAUAUAACAAAGAGAAAGAAGUAUUAAGUAAUUUAAAGAUAACUAAAAAGUACCAUUAUCAUCCUUUCUACCAUCUCCUACCGUCCCCUCCCUUCUCUCUCUCUCUCACUCUCAAAAGGGAAAAAGAAAUCUAAAAGAUCGAUUUCACCAUCCUCGAAGUUUCUUAUAAUGGAUGAAGAUGGGUUGAGCAACCGGAACUGGGGUUAUUACGACCAGUCUCAGUUCAGACCAAGUUUAGGUUUUCAACUAAUACCAAGUAUUGUUGACCGUAACGAUAAGCAGUUUCUCUUCCCUCAGAACCCAAACUUCAUAACCACCAAUAAUGGCUACUGUGGUGGUGGUAGUAGCAGCAGCAAUGUCAUGUCGUUUCCUCGCGAUUACACUGCCUCUGAUGCACCGUUCAUGAGCUACAGCUGGUUAAACCAGCACAGAGAUAGCAAGUUCUUUAACAACUUACCUAAUAACCCUUCAAACCAUCACACCCUUCUAGAUCCCAGGGCUCAGCCAAUGCAGCUUCUGCAGAUUCCUAAACCCGAGGCGGGCGAGGUCGAUGAGUCUCUUAAGAGAAGGCAAUGCGGUGGUGGUCAGAGAGCUGAUCCCAAGGCAAAGAAAGAGAGGAAGCUGAGGGACAAUAUUGUUCCGAGAAUGCAAAGGGAGAGAAGUCCUUUGAGGAAGAGCAUAGAGAUGGUGAUAAAUGGUGUUACAAUAGAUAUUGGUUGUUUACCGGUUCCGGUUUGCUCGUGUACCGGGUUGUCUCAACAGUGUUACAGGUGGGGUUGUGGGGGAUGGCAGUCUGCUUGCUGUACGACCAAUGUGUCCAUGUACCCUUUGCCAAUGAACACCAAAAAGCGCGGUGCUCGAAUCGCCGGAAGGAAAAUGAGCCAAGGUGCAUUUAAGAAAGUUCUUGAGAAACUCUCUGCUGAUGGUUUUGAUUUCUCAAGCCCUAUUGAUUUGAAGUCUCAUUGGGCAAAACAUGGAACCAACAAGUUUGUCACCAUCAGAUAGAGACCAAACCUCUGUCUUUUUUUUUUUGUUUUUUUCUUUAGAUUCGGAAUCAAGUUUUGUUUGUUUCCUAAGGCUAUGUUGUAGAACUCAGAAUCAAACUCGGCAUGUAACUCAAAAACGUACCUCUUUUCUUGAAUUUUUACUGGUAAAAAAAUUGUA